CAACAGUCCGCGCCUACACUGAAGCCCAUACAAUGCCUGACUUGAGUAGUGAAAGCGCCGUGAAAGCUCGAUGUACUCGAAACGAUAGAUCUCAUCAUUCUUCCGGUGCUUAUCGAUUACUGGGUAGUUGAUUGUCCGAUUACCGCUUACCUUCAUAGCUCAUCUCAAGCAUUACCCCAACUCAGACGAGACAUAUUACGGGCACCAUGAAGACAUCCAAGUAUGCGCCAAAGACGCCUGCUGAGAGUCUGGCACAAUCGAAAGCCGAGAAGCUCAAGCAGGACAAAGAUCGCGUCACGCGUCUGCUAGGGCGCGUCCGCUGGAAGGCCGAGAUGCUUAUGGUGUCCUACUUUCGUACUAUGGAGAUCGUACAGGCAACUGCACAGGAGAAUGAGUACCACCAAUCUCAACACGCAAUGGGAAGCGGCGCAUCGAGUAAACAAGCCGAAUCCAUGUUUAAAGUCGACUUCUUCGAGUUCUACACGCUGCUCGAGCGCUACAUCACAGACUGUCUCGCCAUCUUCGGUGUUUCCGUCUCCGCCUCUGCGCCGCGCACAAACUUCAACGCCCUACGUUACGAAACCAAUCCCGAUCUGCAUCGAACGCGACCGAUGGCUUCACAUGCCUUUCACGCGAACCUUCUAGAAGCUUUAGAUGACGAGAAAAGUCCAUUGGCAGGGUCGUUGGGUCUACAGGACGUUCGUGUGCAACUGGGCAUUGCGAAGGAGUACCGUAAUGCGUGGAAAGAUGCUGAUAGCAAGGCGAACGUAUCCAACGGCGACGCGCGCGCGAAUAUGUCGCUUCAGGACUUACGACUAGAGCAUAUGUUGCGCAAUAUCAUUGGUGGAUGUGGCCUUGCUCACGAAGCAGUGCAGCAGCAUUCCGAUGGUACUAUGAACGGUGCUUUGACCAGUCGGGACUUCGAGCCUAAGACGACGUACGGAUACACAAGCAUGGAGAUUGAAGAUACGCCUUUUGAAUAUAUGGACGACGCUAUGGAUCUCGACUGAGGUAAACGACUGACAUGUAGUGUCAUUAGUGGAGGGAUAUAAUUGCAUAGUACCAUGAUACUUGGCCAUUGCUACAGCCGGUC